AUGGCGAAGCGCGGCGUCGCCGGCGGCGAGCCAAUUCCGCUGUCGCGGUUCGGCGCUCUGGUGGCGCAGUUGGAGUCCGUGGUGGCGUCGGCCAGGCAGAAGCCCCCCGACGCGCUCCUCUGCUUCGACCUCCUCUCCGAGCUCUCCUCCGCCCUCGACGAGGCCCCCAAGGACACCAUACAACUUUGGCAAAGGAAAUGCGAGGAUGCUCUCCAGUCCUUGCUUGUCUUUGGUGCUUGCCGCCCUGUUCGACGGUUGGCGUCAUCAGCAAUGGGGCGGAUAAUUCAGAAAGGUGAUGCAAUAUCAGUAUACUCAAGGGCAAGCACCUUGCAGGGGUGGUUGGUAGAUGUGAAAAGAGCGGAUCCCAUGGCAUGUGCAGGUGCAGCACAAUGCCUAGGAGAAAUUUACCGCUUAUUCGGGCGCAAGAUUACCGCAGGAUUGAUUGAGACAUCAAACAUCGUAGCAAAACUGAUGAAAUAUCAUGAGGACUUUGUAAGGCAAGAUGCACUCCUCUUGCUUGAGAAUGCAUUGGAAGGCUCUGGUGGUGGUGGUAGUGGUGCAGCUUACUUGGAGGCUUUCCGCAUAAUCAUGCGAGGAGGCAUAAGUGACAAAUCAUAUAUUGUUAGAGUAGCAGCAGCGCGAUGCUUGAACGCCUUUGCUAAUAUAGGUGGGCCUGGGUUGGGGAUGGCUGAACUUGAUACUUCAAUGUCUUGUUGUGUUAAGGGCUUGGAAGAUAAUGUGUCAGCAGUUAGAGAUUCAUUUGCAGAAGCACUUGGUGCCAUACUUGCUCUUGCAGUGAACCCAGAUGCACAGGUAACUAAAGGAGGAAAAAAGCAAAAUGUUUCUACAAAGAAAUUUGAUGAUGGUAUACAGAAGCAUUUAAUUUUGCCAUUUGUUAAAGCAAAUGGAGCCAAUGCAAAGAAACUCCGAGUUGGUUUGUCUCUAUCGUGGGUGUUCUUUUUGCAGAUGAUCCAUAUGAAGUACGGUACCCUGGACAGUGAACUUCAAAACUAUGCUGUACAAGUGAUGGAAAUUCUCCAAGGGAAUGGUUCUCCUGAUCCACACGCAUUGGCAUGUGUGCUAUAUGUCCUCCGAGUUGGUUUUGCUGACCAGAUGACCGAGCCAACGCAGGGUGAAUUUUUGGUAUUUCUGGGGAAAAAGUUGGAGUCUUCAAAUUAUUCUGCUCCGACGAGAGUGGCAACAUUACGCAUUCUAUCUUACCUCUUGAGAAGCUUGGGCGAGGUUCCAUCUGAAUUCAAGGAUAUUCUUGAUAAUACAGUUGUUGCAGCAUUAUCUCAUUCUUCAGCAAAUGUUCGUGUCGAGGCAGCUUUAACAUUGCGUGCUUUAGCGGAAGUUGAUCCGACAUGUGUUGGCGGUUUAGUCUCAUAUGGUAUUACAACAUUACAUGCUCUCAGGGAGACUUUAUCAUUUGACAAGGGUAAAAAUCUGAACCAUGAGCUUGAUUCGCUACAUGGACAGGCUACUGUAUUAGCUACUCUCGUUGCGAUCUCGCCAAAGUUACUUCUUGGUUACCCUGCAAGGCUGCCCAAUUCCGUACUUGAGUUGUCCAAAAAGAUGCUGAAUGGCUUCAGCCGAAACCCAGUGGCUGCUAUAGCAGAGCGUGAAGCUGGCUGGUUGUUAUUAGCUUCUCUUUUAGCAUCCAUGCCAAAAGAGGAGCUGGAAGAUCAAGUGUUUGAUGUUCUUUUGCUAUGGGCUAGUCCUUUUACUGGAAAUCCUGAGUCGUACCUUAGUCAUAUACAGGACUGGGCAUCAGAACUGCGUGUUCUGUCGGUUGCAAUCGAGGCUCUUACUGCUUUCAUAAGAAGCUUUGUUUCUCCCAUCAUCGCAACUGCUAAUGGUGGAAUCUUACUUAACCCUGUCCUGGCCUACCUUGGUGGAGCUUUAUCCCUUAUAUCUUCAUUGAGAGCUAAGCAACUGCCAAAUCUCAAGUCUGCACUGAAUCUCUUCACAACUAGAACACUGAUGGCGUAUCAGUCCCUUUCCAAUCCAGUGGUUUAUCAAUCAGAGCAUGAGCAAAUGCUUCAGCUGUGUUCAAGCCCAUUCAGUGACCCUUCCGGAUGGGAAGAAAGCUCAUGCUUGAAGUUUCUGUUAGACAAGAGAGAUGCUUCUUUGGGCCCGUGGAUACCUGGAAGGGAUUCAUUUGAGGAUGAACUACGAGCUUUUGAUGGUGGUGUUGAUGGAUUUCUACCAUGUGUGUGGGAUGACGAAAUCAGCAACUUUCCUCAGCCAGAAUCAGUAAGCAAAAUGCUGGUUAAUCAGAUGCUUCUGUGCUAUGGUUCUAUCUUUGCAUGUCAGGACAAUACUGCCAAGAUAAGACUCCUGAACAAUAUUGACCAGUGCCUCAAGGCUGGGAAGAAGUACUCUUGGUAUAUGUUUCUUGUUUCAAAUGCCUGUGUUGCUCUAUUGUCAGGGCUAAAGGAGUUACUGACUUUACGUGGCGCUCAAUCAUUGCCAACUGAUAUAUUUAGUAUGAUCCAAUCUAUAUUCAAGGGCAUCCUAGGGGAGAGUGAAAUUUCUACAGCACAACGGCGGGCAGCAUGUGAGGGUCUUGGUUUACUGGCACGCACUGGGAAUGAUAUAUUCACCGCAAGAAUGGCUCGUUCCCUUCUUGGAGAGCUAGCAACACCAGUGGAUCUGAGCUAUGCAGCAUCGGUUGCACUUUCAUUGGGAUGCAUUCAUCGAACUGCAGGGGGAAUAGCAUUAUCUACUCUGGUCACUCCAACUGUGAACUCGCUGUCUCAUUUGAGUAAGAGUUCUAAUUCUAACCUGCAGUUGUGGUCACUCCAUGCUCUUCUUUUGACCAUCGAAGCUGCUGGCUUGUCUUACGUCUCCCAGGUUCAGGGGACACUUUUCCUUGCUAUGGAAAUUCUUCUGUUGGAAGAAAAUGGUUACGUGGAUUUUAGACAGGAAAUAGGCCAUCUUAUCAAUGCAAUAGUGGCAGUUCUCGGUCCUGAACUUGCUCCGGGUAGCAUAUUCUUUUCACGCUGCAAGUCUGUCAUUGCAGAGAUAAGCUCCUCAAAUGAAACGGCUACACUUCUAGAAUCAGUUAGGUUUGCUCAGCAGCUUGUUCUUUUUGCUCCUCAAGCUGUUCCUGUGCAUUCCCACGUUCAAGGUCUUGUCCCAACGCUUUUCUCAAGACAGCCAAGCCAUAGGUAUUUAGCAGUGUCGACAUUGCGUCAUCUGAUUGAAAGAGACCCGGCUGCAAUGAUCAAUGAGAACAUCGAAGAGAAUCUGUUCAGUAUGCUUGAUGGGGAAACCGACUCUGAAAUAGCAACAUUGGUUCGGGCGACUAUUAUUCGCUUAUUGUAUACAUCAUGUCCACUGCAUCCAUCUCGAUGGUUAGCCGUUCUGCGGAAUAUGGUUCUUGCUACAUCAGUUACAAGAAAUACGAGUGAAAGUCUGACCAGUUCUGGACAUGAUUCCGUUGACAGUACACAUGAGAAUGAUGUGUAUGGAGAAGAUGACGACAAUAUGAUUUCCGGCCCAAAGCAGGAGCAAGUAAACUGGUCUGCUCCUAUAUCGAGUCAGUUUUCUCGAAGAAAUAAGCACCUCAGAUACCGCACUAGGGUAUUUGCAGCCGAAUGUGUUAGCCAUGUACCGGUUGCAGUUGGAACAGAACCAGCUCAUUUUGAUCUCUUGUUGGCAAGGAGUGCAAUAGCUAAGGGGACUUAUUUAUCAAAUGAUUGGCUCGUGCUUAAGCUACAGGAGUUGGUCUCGCUUUCGUAUCAGAUAAGUACUGGACAGUUUGAGGGCAUGCAACCGAUAGGCGUGCAGCUUUUAUGUUUGAUUAUGGACAAGUUUGGCAUGACAGUGGAUCCUGAAUUUCCUGGACAUAUCUUGUUAGAACAAUUUCAGGCUCAGCUUGUUUCAGCUGUUAAAACGGCAAUAAGUACUACUUCUGGUCCACUUCUAUUGGAGGCUGGCCUUGAACUUGCUACAAAGGUUAUGACGAGCAGCGUCAUUUGUGGGGACAAAGUAGCCCUUAAUCGACUCUUUUUGCUAAUAUCCCGUCCACUAAGUGAUAUAGAGGGCCUUUUUUACCCAUCUUUUGCUGACUGGGUUGUGUGUAAGAUCAAAGUGCGCCUUCUUACAGCGCAUGCUGCAGUAAAAUGUUACACCUAUCAAUUCUUGAGGGCAAAGGAAAAUGUCCCUGAUGAACACCAGCAGCUGGCACCUUUACUAGCAAAUAGCUCAACGCUAUUGGGGAAAUAUUGGGUUGGAGCCCUCAAGGAUUACUUUUCUAUAAUCUUUGGCUUGCAUUCAAGAAUUAAUCACAAGCCAUUCCUUGAUGGAAUUCAGUCAUUAUUGGUCUCGUCGAAGGUACAGAAGUAUCUUGAUGAAGUUUGGACACUGAUUCUCCAGGCAACAGCUCUUGAUGCAGCUCCUGUGGAGUUCGGCGCGGAUGAUUCUGAAGAUGUUCAUGAACACAUGUUUAUCUCUGGACGUAGUAUGGUCAAAUUGGAGGAAAGUGAUUUCCAGUUUCUCUGGGGACAAUCUGUCCUUGUGCUAUUUCAUUCACACCAAUCGACGGAGAAUGGUUCUGUCAAGAUGAAGCUUGACUGUAGCAAAGAGAAUUUUUUUUCGAACAUUGUUUUCUAUGGACUAGAUAAUCCAAGACCAUGUGAUCAAGUCUUACCUGUGUUAUUGUCCCUCACAACUGAAGCCUUUUUCAGCAAGGAUUUCCUUUCAGUCGAUAUUUGCCAGGAACUCCUUCAGGCUCUAAUAUAUGCUGAUUGCUCUGGUGCUCCUGUUGUAUCUCUGUUCUCAAAGAUUAUAAGACUCUGCCCUGACAAGUUUUUUGAGGCGGAAGACUUUGUCUUUGUUGCAUUAGAGUUAUACUCUUAUUGUCUUGCCAUGGUACUUCAAAGCAGGGAUGGAAAUUCCCAGGAAUUGUCAAGUAACAACUUACUUCCUGAACUAUCUUCUGCAAGUGAGACUAUGGGUUGCCGAAUGAACAAUAAGCAUUUGUGGAAGCUAAUGAUGGUACUGCUAUCCACAUCGCAUCAAUCGUUUCAACUAGUCUCGACUGAUCAGUGCUUGUCAAAUAUCAUCUCCUUUCUGCAUAAUAUCUUGCCUUUCAUGAAGAAGUGCUUUAGAGAAAGAGUUGAACCAGGUGAUGUGCACACCAAUCCGCAAGUUGCAUUAGGAGCUUUGAUUAGCCUGUUGGCAUACUUCUGUACAGAAUGCGAUAAUAGGAUUUCAAUGCUGGAAAACAAGAUUUCUGAUUCCUACAGGCUGUUGGCGAAGAUACUAUUUUUUUGUUCCGCAGAAGUCAUUGCUCUUGCCAAACUUGUUCACGAGAUAGAGUUUCUUAAUGAAAAUGGUACUAAGAAUGAUGUGCAUAUGUGUGACAGCUUUAGGCAUUGCAUACACAUUAUUCAGGGAUCACUUCGUAGCACCAACAUGCAGGUUCAAAUGCUUGGGAUACAUGUGCUAAAAACUUGUGCGCAGAGAGAGCUAACUGAAGUUUCACAAACAGAGACUCAUUCUUUUAUGAUAUUACUUGGGGAAUUACUAGGAGAUGUGUUUGAUUUGAUGCAAACUGCACUGAAGAAUUGUUCAAGCCAGGAAUCUGUCAACGUGAUUGAUGAUUGUUUAAAAUUGCUGUUCCUCUUCCACACACUAGCACAAUCACAGAAAUACCAGCAAGAGGCUACAGUACUUCUGUUGGAUGCCUUGCUGAUGGUUUUCUAUUUGUCCGAUGAUAAUGCUUCACAGGAACUUGCUGAAGUAAAUACCAUCUCCAAGAAGUUCUUCUCUCAUUUUAUUCAGAUUCCAUCAGCCGCCAUACAGAUCAAAGAUGUAAUGCUGUCAGCACCACCUACAAAAAGACAGCAGCUUCAGGACAUGAUCCGAGCUUCAGUCAGCCAUGGUCAGAUCAUGGUGCCAUUGAAUACGAGUGCACAAUCACAGCAGAAUGUUCAGGAUAGCAGUAAAAAACCUGGGUCUGUAGCCAUAGGGUCUGGUGCUGAUGCAGUCGAAGAGAAGGACGGAAAUGAAGUUAGUGAUGAUGACUGGGAUGAUGAUUGGGACACUUUCCAAUCUCUUCCCGCAACUGCUACCAAGGAUGAUGCAGAUUCUGCUAUAGCUGUCUCACCUAUUCCUGAACAGGGCUCCAUUGCAAGUUCUCAAGAACAGAUCCAUCAGGGAAAUACUAAUCAUGAUAUUGGUGAUAUGGAUGUAGCAGUGGGCACAAUAGAAGGCAGAAAAUCUGCUGACAGAGUAUUUGGGGAAGCCUCUGCUUCACAAUGCUCUAGCCCUAAGCCACAGAUCAAUAGAGAAUCCCUAGAGUCGUCGUAUGAAGAUGACGAGGAAGUUCCAAGAUAUCCAGCAGUUGAUUGCGUGGAGCAACCGGCGGAUGUUCUGAUGAAUGAUAAGACAGUGAGUGAAUUGCCGCAGGACCAUGACAACCAGUUUGGUUGUAACGAAAGAAACAAUGGUGACCUGGAAGAUGAGGGCACUGAUUCAGCUAUCGAAGAUAACAAGGAGGAUGCUCUUGGAGGAACUCGAAGCUCCGAGGGAGAUGCCCUAGAUGAAAAUAUUGCUUGCAGAGAUGAUUCCACUAACAGUUUGAACAAGAGUUCAGAUGUUGUGGUUAGUGAGGGCAGCGACAUGACAUCAACUGUUGAUACUAAGGAGUCUGGGGUAGAGUUAGCACCUUCCUCUCAUGGCCCUGGUACGAUGAAUGCUAGCUUAUCCGGGAAUCAUAUCAGUACAAGCAAAGCAAGCGAACACCCUGGUAGUGCCGACGCCGAACCAGAAUCAUCGGUAGGUGAAAGCUCAGAAUCAUAA